AUGAAGUGCCACGCCAUUGGCCGAGGUGCGGAGGUAACAACGGGCAAAGAACCUCAUCUGGGUGACCGGGUGACCUCCUUCGACAACCUGGUACCAGGAGAACUUAAGCGGCUGUCCUAUCUAGCGAUGCUCGGUCUGGCCAUUAGGAGGGGGCCCUCGACAAAAACGACGAUAUCUCUCGUUUACGUACGUAGUCUGGUAAUAACGCCUGUUUUUUUCUCUCCUUACUCCUGUAACCUGGAUCGUAACGAGCGUAAUGACAGUAAUACGGGACAGUUAACGAGACCGUGA